ACUCAUCAUCAGCCACAGAUAAAUCUACGAUUCGCGUCUUGAGAGUCUUUUUUAGGAGGACCGGUGACAAAAUUCAGGCAGCAACGAGCAGACAACGACCGCUCUGUGACUGAGCUCUCUUUCUUCACUCACAGCUCAGUGUGCCGUCAUAGCUUGUAGCAUAGCCCGCCCGGCCGUGAAUCCUCUGUCCACCUCUACCUGCGCCUUACUUCAUCCACGCGUAGGUGACAAAGGGCGCAGAAAGAACAGCCACACACGCGCCAACUUACGUUCAGGGGGUGUCGCAUGGUGUAGACGGAGGCAUCACGGACCAACAUGUCGUACUCCGAUGAGGCCCUCAAGGCCAAGCUCUCGACCCUCAACGAGACACAAGAUAGUAUUGUCUCGGUUUCACAAUGGAUCAUGUUUCAUAAGAGACAUGCCGACCGCAUCGCGAACUACUGGCUCACCCGUCUCCGCGAUUCACCGCCAGCGAAACGCCUCAACUUCAUCUACCUGGUCAACGACAUUGUCCAAAACGCCCGAGCACGGAAGCGUAGUGAAUUCCCAGACGCGUUUUCCCCUUUAAUGGCCGAGGCCAUCCAGACCGCCUAUCGCUCCUCACCACCCGAGAUCCAAAGCAAGAUCCGGCGCGUUGUCGAGGUAUGGCGAACGCGGAAUGUCUUUGAGGUCCCGAUUUUGGAUGCGAUCGAUGCACGAGUCGACGAAAUCGACAAAUCAAAAGGAUCCGGGGGGAAGAAGACCCUCAUGGGCAACUCACUCUUCGGUUCAACUUCCUCCUCAGGCGCCAUGCCAAAGGAAUUGGAGAGUCUGGCGCCGUUGCAGAUCACGGUGACCAAGGAGACCAUCUCCGCCAGACCUGCCAUCGAUAACGCACAGAACGAGUAUGCCAAACUUAACGACCCCGAAGCGGUGCUGCCCAGUCCGCCCGUUCACGCGGCGCGGCUGUCAAGCCUGAUUAAGUCCCUUGCGGCGGCUGAAUCGUCCGUCUCUGCCAGUAUCAAGGCUAGGAAGGCUCUGAUCGCGGACCUUGAGCGGAUCUUGGAAAUUAAUAAGGCAGCGUUAGCUAAAGACGAGGAGACAUACCUGACGCUAGAAAGUCGGAAGGCCAGCACCGAAGCAAAGAAGAGAGAGGUGGAAGAUGCCAUUAUUCGUGGAUUAUCUUCUGCCGAGGCAGCAUCAUCGUCCGAGCAUUUCGGAGGCACCCAUACAGGGGUUGCUUCGAGCGGCAUCGACGCUGCAGUCAAUGAAAUUGGUGGAAACAAUGUUAGCGGCGAACAUUCAGCUAGCCAUUUCCUCUCCGAACGACCCGAGAUUGAAGAACUUACCGAUGACGAGGGCGACUUUGCGAGCGGAGGCAUGUUCGAUCAACCUCCACCCAGUAACGCACAGUGGGAUCAACCAGCUCCUGCUCCCGCCGCCCCUGCCUCUCCGGGGCUGGGAAGCUUUCGACCCAACAACCCUGCCGUUGCAGCUGCUCUCGCUGAUUUCUCCGCUAUUGGUUCGACGCCGACCCCAGACUAUACGGCAUUCCUCCCCAGCAGCGCGGGCGGCCACGCAAACGCGCCAGCAAUGCCGCGCGUCCGCUCUGCAAGUGGUGGACAGGGCGUCAAUGGCUUGGGUGCUAAAAGGCGCAAGAUAUCUCACGGUGGAGAAGAGCAGGUUCCUGACCUGGGCGAAAUGGGCAUGGAAGGGUUCGGUCAAGUACAGAGUCAAGAUCAAGGCGCGGGGACUUUCGGUGGGGCCGGCCCCGGAGUGGGAGGGCAACAGACAGAGACUCGAGGCGAUGAUCUUCUCAAGAAUCUGGACGAGGACGUGGAUGAAUUGCUGAGGCAAGAGGCUGCUCGAGGCUCGAACGGCGUGCCAGGGAUCUGAAGUGUCCUUGAGUCAGGCUAUGACUGCCCUACGACCGAUGGUGAUCAAGAGGCAGACGGCCGAGUGGGCAGUGGAUUGAGAAUGAGGCGCAGAGCAAGGAUGGAUGUGCGACAAAUGCGCGUGCUUCUUUGAUCAUAUUUGGGAGAUGGUGGUUGGUAUGUUGCGGAAUCCCGGUGAGGGAGGAACGCGUGAAGCUUUUGUACAUGGGCUAGGCCAACUUCGAUCUCUCUGUCUGUGUAUCUACUGUACGUCCCCGUCCUUUCAGAGGCUUUUACUGGAACGUGAACCAGGGGAAGCACAAGAGGGCUUGGGACACAUAUUUCAUGAUUGGGACCCAUCAUUCCUGUCGAUGAUAGUUGCAAUAGGAUACCAGAAAAUGCACAUACACUCACACGAAGAGAGAG